AUGGUUAAGGAAACGGAGUACUAUGAUGCCCUUGGGGUAUCGUCGACAGCCAGUGAGCUCGAAGUCAAGAAAGCAUACCGCAAACUUGCGAUAAAGUUACAUCCCGACAAAAACCUUGAUGACGAGACUGCAGCCGAAAAGUUUCAAGCCAUUAGCGAAGCAUACCAGGUUCUGAGCAACACCGAUUUGCGGAGGCAGUAUGAUAAAUUUGGGAAAGAACGAGCUGUUCCAGACAGCGGCUUUGAGGACCCUGGAGAGUUUUUCAGUAUGAUAUUUGGAGGUGAUGCCUUUGUAGAUUGGAUUGGUGAGAUCUCGCUCAUGAAGGACCUGACGAGGACAAUGGAAAUUACGAUGAAGGAUGCCGAGGAAGAUGAGAUAGCAAGUGGUGAUGAUGAAAAGAAGACUCCUGAGAGUGAAGCUGGUCCAUCAAACGCCGGAGCUUCGGAGAAGAAAGCUUCUGCCAUUCCUGUGGCAGACGAAGAAACACCUCUUACUUCCACCCUCCCGUUCACUUCCCCGCCUAUAUCGAGAGCUUCUACACCCCGUCCGAGAGGUGUACCAACUAGGCAGAUGUUAAUGGAUAAGUCAGAGGAAGAUGCCCGGAUGGAUGCUGAAGGCAUGAGCCAAGAGGAAAAGGACUUAAAACGGAAAGAGAAGGCGAAAAAGGGAUUGAGCAAAGAACAACGCGAGGAGCUUGCAGCAUAUGAAGCAGAAAGGCGAAAGAUUAGACAGGAGAGGGUCGAUACUUUGGCAAGGAAAUUAGUAGAUCGAAUUUGUGUCUGGACUGAAACAGACAAAGGUGGAGAGGUUACUCACUCUUUCAAUGAAAAGACUAAAUAUGAGGUUGAAAAUCUCAAGAUGGAGAGUUUCGGGAUUGAAAUUUUGCAUGCUAUCGGCAAUACAUACCUUUCUAAAGGGGCUUCUUUUGUCAAAUCUCAAAAGUUCCUCGGGAUUAGCGGUUUUUUUAGCAGGCUCAAGGAUAAAGGGAAUAUUGUUAAAGACACUUGGGGAACUAUAUCUACAGCUAUAGAUGCGCAGAUGACAAUGGAAGAAAUGGCAAAGAUGGAGGAGAAGGGGGGCGAAGAUUGGACUGACGAGAAGAAAGCCGAAUACGAGAGGAAAGUGACUGGUAAAAUCCUAGCUGCGGCCUGGAGAGGAAGCAGGUUCGAAAUCCAGAGUGUUCUCAGGGAGGUCUGUGACAAGGUUUUGAACGAUAAAAAUGUUCCUCUAAAUAAGAGAGUCGAGAGGGCGCAUGCUUUGAUCAUGAUUGGGACUAUUUUCAAAAACGCGGAACGCGAUCCGGACGAAGAAUUUCCUGAAGGAAAUCCGGCUCUCGAAGCCGUAAUUCCGAGGAUCAUGAGGAGGCUAAAAUCCCGAAUUUCAAUGCUUAGACUUGGAUUUCUUUUAGCUGAACUAAAUUUCAUGAUAGAAUGGUCUUGUUUUGAUAGUCACUGUGUAAGCGGCGUCCUGUUUUCCUUUUUAUAA